UCCAAGCCAGGGGUUUCGGCCGCCGCCGUCGUCGCCCGCGAACCGUCCCAGCAGCGCCCGCGAGAUGGUGGGCGCACCGGACAUGAACCGUGAGCCCUGCCCGGACCGCAUCCUCGAGGACGCCGGCGGCGCCUUCGGGAUGGGCGCGGUGGGCGGCUCCGCCUACCACUUCGCCAGGGGCCUCUACAACUCCCCCAACGGCCACCGCCUCGCGGGCGGCGCCACGGCCGCCCGCAUGAACGCGCCGCGCGUCGGGGGCAGCUUCGCCGUCUGGGGCGGCCUCUUCUCCGCCUUCGACUGCGCCCUGGUCUACGCGCGCCAGAAGGAGGACCCCUGGAACUCCAUCGCCGCCGGCGCCGGCGCCGGCGCCACGCUCGCCCUGCGCCGGGGCCCCCUCGCCUGCGGGACCUCCGCGGUCUUCGGCGCCGCCCUCCUCGCGCUCAUCGAGGGCGUCGGGAUCAUGCUCAACCGCCUCGCCGUGCCGGAGGACAUGGUGUACCCUGCUGCGCAGGAUGACGCCGGCCAGCACGCGCCGCCGCCACCUGGUUUCCUGGGAGUGCCGCCGGCGCCGCCCGUCGUGGUUCAGGAGGUUCCGGUCCCUGACUCUGGCUCGAGCUCGACUGGGUGGCUUGGCGGUUUGUUCGGGAAGAAGAAGCAGGACAAGGUUGCCGGCGGGUAUCGUGAGCCGGAGGUGUUGCAGAUGGAUCUGCCCCCCACGGCGAUUCCCUCCUUCGAUUGAUCCAAGUGAAAAAUGUAAGGUUUUUCGUCUGAUUAUGCCCGCGAAUUGCAGUAGAUUUAGUUUCUUUUUGGUGAAUGCGGCAGUUAGUUCUCUGUGCUAGUACUAUCGUGUUCUGUUCUGCCGUGCAAAUUAAGGUAUGUCUAAUAAGCAGAGCUAUCUCUUGGGUGUAAUACUGUGUUGAUCCAUGUCUAUUAAGGUAUCGCUAUGCUGUCAUACUGAUUACUGAAACCGAAAAUGCAUGUGUGAGGUUUUUGUUUGAAAAACCAAAUCA